ACAUGGGAUUUUCCAACUAAACUUCCACUGACCCAAAUUGUUUAAUGAUAUGGACAUCGAUCACAUUAAAAUGCUGUUAACAAGACAUUUUGAAAGGAUUUGCUCAGGAUUAAACAAUUCAUUUACAGCACUUUGAUGGUGUAAACUUGCCCCAAAAGACCGUGUAUGGUGUAAUGAUGUAUGGCACAUGUGGCAUUGGUAGAUAGUGUAUGGUGCCAUGGUGUGUAAUAUGAAAGUUCCAAGACACAUUGAAGAAAUUAAAGAACAUAACAGUAUUGAUGAAGAUGACGAGAAAAUGGUUCACGCAUUUCAACAAUGUCUCGAAGACGAGAGUUGUCUUCCUUUGAUAAAGGAAGAAAUCAAAUUAAAAAUUCAGUGUAAGAGGGUUACAUUAGGAGAGGAAGAAUUGAUAGUGGAACAUCAACGACCUGUCAAAUAUUUAUUAACAGAAGAAGAAGUAUAUAAACGUAACAGACGGAAGGAACAGAACAGAAGAUCUGCUGUCCGUACACGAGCAAGACAGAAAACUCGAAUAGCAGAACUGGAAAAAGUACAAGAAGUUAAUUCAUUGGAGGACGACCAUCGUUCCCUGUAUCAGACAGUUGACACUUUGAGAACAGAGUUACAAAUGUUGGACGGCAUGUUACAAAUUCACAAGUGUUCAAAUGUAAAACCAAUCUCUGCUUGUCGUUCAGCGAGAUCCCUUCUAUAUACAGGGAACAAAUUAGUGAUAGUUGGAGGGAACUAAACAAAGGCUUAUUCUUAACGAUCAAAUUUGCGUCAUACAUUGUACUCAGAUAACAUGAAAUAACAUGGCAAACGCAAUAUUUUAAAACAAUUGAAAACAUUAAAUUAAAUAGAUAAAGUUAUAUGUGUAGACAAAAGAUGUACUUCAAUGUAUGGUUUUGAGGUUUGAAGAAAGAU